AUGGCAUACACUGAUCAUAUAAAGACGAACCUUGAAUGGAUCUCUUCUCUUUCUUUGGAUCAGCCUGUGAAAAAUAUUCGAAAAACUUCGAUUAUUUGCACUAUUGGUCCAAAAACUAAUAGUAUUGAAAUGAUUACAGCUUUACGUAAUGCCGGUAUGAAUAUCGUCCGUCUCAAUUUUUCCCAUGGCUCCUAUGAGUAUCAUAAAUCAGUUAUCGAUAAUGUUCGCGAAAAUGCAAAACUAAAUCCCGGUCGACCUGUAGCCAUUGCCUUGGACACGAAAGGGCCAGAAAUUCGAACAGGUUCGAUGCGAGAUAAUGUGGAGCUUCCUAUCAGUGUUGGUCAUGAGAUGAUUUUCAGUACAAACAAGAAAUACGCAGAAAUUUGUGAUCAAAAUGUUAUGUAUGUAGAUUACGCGAAUUUACCAAAGGUUAUUAGUAAAGGAAAGAAUAUCUAUGUGGACGACGGUGUCCUUUCGUUUGAAGUAAUUGAGAUUGGAGAAGAGGAAGUAAAAGUUCGCGCAUUGAAUAAUGGAAAAUUGUGUAGCAAGAAAGGAGUCAAUUUACCAAUGACUACAGUUGACUUGCCGGCACUUUCCGAAAAAGAUAAAGCAGAUUUAAGAUUUGGUGUUGAAAACAAUAUUGACAUGGUGUUUGCUUCGUUUAUUCGGUGCGGACAAGAUAUUCGUGAUAUAAGAGAAAUUUUAGGGGAGAAGGGAAAGGCCAUCAAAGUCAUUGCUAAAAUUGAAAAUCAUCAAGGUCUUGUAAAUUUUGAUGAAAUUUUGGUUGAGACAGAUGGCGUAAUGGUUGCGCGUGGUGAUCUUGGUAUCGAAAUUCCUCCUUCACAAGUUUUUGUUGCGCAAAAGAUGAUAAUUGCCAAAUGUAAUAUUGUUGGGAAACCUGUUGUCUGUGCAACCCAAAUGCUGGAAUCCAUGACAUAUAAUCCACGUCCUACGCGUGCUGAAAUAAGUGAUGUCGCUAAUGCAGUACUUGAUGGUGCUGAUUGCGUCAUGUUAUCCGGUGAAACGGCGAAAGGCGCAUAUCCAAUUGAAGCUGUGCAAAUGAUGCAAGAGACGUGUAUUGUCGCCGAAUCCGUGAUUUGUUACCCGCCGCUAUUUAAUGAACUUCGUGCGUUAACAGCCCUACCUACCGAAACCACCGAAACUGUCGCGUCUUCUGCUGUAUCUGCAGCUCAUGAGCAAAGUGCCGGUUGCAUUCUUGUCUUAUCGACUUCUGGUAACUCUGCGCGUCUAGUUUCAAAAUAUCGACCACGUUGCCCUAUUAUAACAGUUACAAGAAAUGCGCAAACAGCGCGUCAAAUUCAUCUUUAUCGUGGUUGCUAUCCAUUCGUUUAUGAUGUGCCACCACCUUCCAAUGUUGAAAAACCCGAUGAUUGGCAAGAAGAUGUAGAGAAUAGAAUUCGUUGGGGUAUUCGACAUGCAAAACAUCUAAAUCUUUUGAAAAGGGGAGACCCGGUCAUUGCAAUUCAAGGAUGGAAAGGCGGUCUUGGAAACACCAAUACGCUUCGUAUACUACGUACACCAUAG